CGUCCGAAAAUGAGUAACGGCUCAGUUUCACCAGGAAGCAGCAUUCCAACAACCUCACUUGAAGAUUGUUCUACAAAUAUAUUUCAAAUUGCCGAAAUCAAUGGACUAAAAUGGUGUUGCUUUACAUCGAAUUUUUCUUCCAAUUCACCAACUCUAAAGCUAAAAUUAACUUCAAGUGCUGACGUUAUCGGCACUGAUAAUGCUGAUCCUGUCUUACGAGCCUAUAUUGAUUGUUUGGAAGCUAAUUUGCUUUGCACAUGGAGACGGAGGUAUUUUUAUAUAAAAUUAUUUGAGCUAGAAAAAGAGGAAAUUAAUAUUUUUAGACCUCCUGUAGCCAGCACAUUAGCUGCAUUUGAUAAUCCAAUACCACGUCCUGAUGCCCAGAAAGAACUUUGGAUUUUUUGGUACACGUCCGAGGAGCCAAAAUUGGUUGAAGAUUUUAAAUUACGAGGAUUGAAUGUUGUCACUCACAGUGAGUCGACAGAUGCUGAUGCUCCUCGUGUUGAGUUUGAGUACGAAACACGGACACUAUUUUUCAAAUCAUUAAAUAGUGCAAUAGAGCGGAGACUUUUAUCGGAGGGGUUUGUUCGUUUUGGGCGUUGGCUUUGCAGACCUUUAGAAUUGAGCUCUUUAUAUGCUGAAGAUAAACACACAAUACCCAAGUAA